AAAGUUAGCCACAAAUGUACGCAAAAGCGGAUCAAAUAAACACUAAAAUAUGAAAAAGCUGGUUGGACAAAUGGGAUUAUCCUUAUCCACCGCAAUACCAAAUGCAACCAUAAUAUGUUAUUUUCGUGGUAGUUUUCAUCAUUCAAAGUCAGACAUCUCACUAGCAUCUUUCACAUCCAUGCAAUCAUCCUCUGCCAGACUAAAUAUUGUGCUUUGUUCCUUUCAGAAAUCGAUUAUGUAAGUGUAUUGAACAGAAAUCUUCCAAGAGAUAUACGUGUAAUAGGUUGGUGUCCUGUUGCAGCAGACUUUCUUGCAAGAUUCUCCUGCUUGGGUAGGGAAUAUAAAUACCUGUUUUGGAAGCGGGGCUUGGAUGUAUCGAAAAUGCAGAAAGCUGCAUUUAAAUUCAUUGGGGAACAUGACUUCAGGAAUUUCUGUAAGAUGGAUGCAGCAAAUGUGAGCAACUACAAGCGAUACAUUACAGAUUUUAAUAUUUCUGCUUGUGACCAAAGGUCCAACCAUGAUGAGCUGUGGUCCAUGAAUAUCAGGGGUAGCGCCUUUCUGUGGCAUCAAGUUCGUUGCAUGGCAGCUGUUCUGUUUUUUGUAGGUCAAGGCCUUGAAUCACCUUGUGUAGUUGACUCAUUGCUGGAUAUUACCAAGACUCCUAGAAAACCUCAAUAUACAAUGGCACCAGAGCUUCCAUUGAUUCUACGAUCUUGUCUAUUCGAUGGAGUCAGCUUCAUGUGUUCAUCAGAUGCCAAUCAGGCUUUGAUUGAACACUUGAAGGAUGAACACCAUCAGUAUAUGCUCCAAGCUGCCAUAUUUGAUGAGGCUUUGACCUGUUUAUCUAUUCCAGAGCCUAAUCCACUUGAAUACCCUAAGAAGAAGAGAAAACACAUCCCUCUCCUGUCACGGGAAGCUGAACCUUCUUACGAGGAACGCAGAGCAAGAGUAAAAGCUAAGUCAGCAAAUGUGUAGUUGAGUGGCUACCUUAAGUAGCACACUAAGAGUUUGGCCUUCGAAGAUCGGCGCGGCUGACUGGCUGAGUGUUAUAAUCAAUCCAGCAUCAAGGGGCAAUCUCCUCAUCAGAACGUCUCUCCUUGAAGCUUGUGUUCUUACUGUGUGCACUUCUGGGACGGGCUAAAGUGUUACGUGGCGAUGGGGAAUCGACAAAAGAAGUUCAUCGUUCAGAUCUCCUUCAAGUUUUGUAGGUUCUUCACCACCCUUCACCAUCUACCAGCCUUCUGACAGAACUUGAUAUGGAUCAUACAUAGUACAUACUAUAAUUUCUCAGGCGGCAAUGCUUGGUCCCUUGGCAUUGCUUUUGUACCAGCGGUUGGCUGCAAGAUGGCGACCUUUUAUUUUGCACUAUGCAGCGCCAAUUGUGUCAUGUGAUGGCUGGCUCGUGCUCUUCCUUUUUUUAGGCCUGAAACAUGUAAUGAUUUCCUCCAAAAGUUUCAUAAAUUCUGAAA